CCUCACCUGAUCCCUACCCUACUCUAUCACACAGCCUCGCAUUCGAAUUGGAUGUUUCGGAUUUGUUUAUUCUUUCGCUACUUCCAUCUUUUUACCGCCACCGCCUAUUAGAGAGCUUCGAAUUUCCGCUUAAUUUGAUGACAUUGCCAUUUCGCAUACAACCAAUCUCCAUAUACUUCCUUCUCCCUCUCUUCACUCUGUUCCAACGAAGAACACGAAACGCAGAGCCGGGAUGAGGAAAAAAUCGCUUGAUUCUGUUGUUUGCCAUUUGUGUUUCUUCUCUGUACUUGUUUACUUUGCUAGUUUUUGCUUCGCCAAUCGCGAUAUGGAAGCGCUGUUGAAGAUGAAGAGUUCCAUGAUCGGACCGGGGAGGUCGGGGCUUAAUGAUUGGGAGCCGUCGGCAUCUCCGUCUGCCCAUUGUGAUUUCUCUGGCGUUACGUGCGACGGUGAUAAUAGAGUUGUUGCGCUUAAUGUCUCGAAUCUCCGUCUAUUCGGCCAGAUUCCGCCGGAGAUUGGGAUGUUGGAGAAGAUUGAGAACUUGACUUUAGUAAGUGAUAAUCUCACUGGAAGGCUUCCUCUUGAAAUGGCGAAACUCACGUCGCUUAAGUUUCUUAAUCUAUCUAACAACGCAUUUCGUGAUAAUAUAGCGGCGGAAAUCACGCUAGGAAUGACGGAGCUAGAAGUUUUCGAUAUUUAUAACAAUAAUUUCUCAGGUUUGCUCCCGGUGGAGUUUGUUAAACUGAAGAAGCUAAAGCAUCUUGACCUUGGCGGAUGCUUCUUUUCUGGUCAGAUUCCUGCUGUUUACUCGGAGAUGCAGUCGUUGGAGUUCUUGAGCGUGCGAGGAAAUGUGCUUACCGGAAGGAUUCCGGCGAGUUUGGCGCGGUUGAAAAAUCUUAAAUAUCUUUACGCCGGAUAUUUUAAUCGUUACGACGGCGGAAUUCCUGCCGAGUUCGGAUCGUUGAGUUCCCUGGAGCUUAUCGAUUUAGGCAGCUGUAACCUCACCGGUGAUAUUCCUCCGAGUCUGGGGAAUUUGAAGCACCUGCAUAGUCUAUUUCUACAAGUAAACAAUCUUACCGGUCGGAUUCCUUCUGAACUUUCCGGUCUGAUUAGCCUCAAGUCACUGGACCUUUCGCUGAACGAAAUCACCGGGGAGAUACCGUCGAGUUUCGUGGCGCUGCAGAACCUUACGCUGAUCAAUUUGUUCAAUAACAAACUUCACGGUCCAAUUCCUGGUUUCGUCGGUGAUUUUCCACAUCUCGAAGUGCUUCAGUUAUGGAAUAACAACUUCACGCUCGAGCUCCCUGAGAAUCUCGGGCGUAACGGAAAACUUUUUCUGCUCGACGUGGCGUCAAACCAUCUAACUGGGCUCAUUCCACCGGAUUUAUGUAACGGUAGGUUGAAGACUUUGAUUCUUUUGGAUAAUUACUUCUUUGGGCCCAUCCCUGAGAAAUUAGGUCGGUGUGAUUCGCUUACGAAAAUCAGAAUUGCGGGAAAUUUCUUCAAUGGAACGGUUCCGGCAGGGUUCUUCAACUUUCCGGCGUUGGAGCAACUCGAUAUCAGUAAUAAUUACUUCUCCGGCGCUCUUCCGUCGCAAAUGUCAGGGGAGUUUCUUGGAAGUCUUUUGCUUAGUAACAACCACAUUACUGGGGAAAUCCCGGCGGCGAUUAAGAAUUUAGAAAAUUUGCAGGUUGUUUCUCUGGAACAUAACCAAUUCACCGGGAAUUUGCCCGUGGAAAUAUUUGAAUUGAACAAAUUGCUGAGGAUUAACAUCAGUUUUAACAAUAUUAGCGGCGAAAUUCCUCAUUCGGUCGUUCGGUGCACUUCCUUGACGUCAAUUGAUCUCAGUGAAAAUAAUCUCGUGGGCCUAAUUCCCAGAGGAAUUUCGAAGAUGAAAAUCUUGAGUGUCCUCAAUUUGUCAAGAAAUCACUUGACGGGCCAAAUUCCGAACGAGAUUCGGUCGAUGAUGAGUCUUACAACUCUGGAUUUAUCAUACAACAAUUUCUUCGGUAAAAUCCCCACCGGCGGUCAGUUUUCUGUAUUCAACGUCAGUGCAUUCCUCGGAAACCCUAACCUCUGCUUCCCCAACCACGGGCCUUGCGCAUCUUUACACAGGAAUUUGAAAUACGUUAAACUAAUCAUCCCAAUCGUCGCGAUAUUCAUCAUUCUGUUAUGCAUACUCGCUGCAUUUUAUCUCCGGAAGAGAAAGAGGAUUCAGAAAUCAAAGGCAUGGACGCUCACAGCGUUCCAACGCCUCAACUUCAAAGCAGAGGACGUCCUCGAGUGCUUGAAAGAGGAAAAUAUCAUCGGCAAAGGCGGAGCCGGAGUUGUCUAUCGUGGAUCAAUGCCAGACGGCUCCAUCGUGGCGAUUAAACUGUUGUUAGGAAGUGGCCGGAACGACCACGGUUUCUCUGCCGAAAUUCAAACUCUAGGGCGAAUCAAGCACAGGAAUAUUGUCAGGCUUUUGGGGUACGUGUCGAACAGAGACACGAAUCUGCUGCUGUACGAGUACAUGCCUAAUGGGAGCUUGGACCAGAGGCUGCAUGGAGUGAAAGGCGGGCAUUUGCACUGGGACUUGCGGUACAAGAUCGCCAUGGAAGCCGCCAAGGGACUCUGUUACUUGCACCAUGAUUGUACGCCGCUGAUCAUUCACAGAGACGUGAAGUCCAACAAUAUACUGCUGGAUAAGCUGUUUGAAGCACAUGUCUCUGACUUUGGGCUCGCCAAGUUCUUGCAGAACGGCGGCGCCUCCGAGUGUAUGUCCUCCAUUGCCGGCUCCUACGGCUACAUCGCUCCAGAAUACGCCUACACACUGAAAGUGGACGAGAAAAGCGACGUGUACAGUUUCGGUGUAGUACUGCUGGAGCUGAUAGCCGGAAGAAAGCCAGUGGGGGAUUUUGGUGAAGGCGUGGACAUAGUCAGGUGGGUCCUCAAUACCACAUCAGAACUCUCUCAACCGUCCGAUGCAGCCUCAGUAUUAGCGGUUGUAGACUCGCGUCUCACCGAAUACCCACUCCAGGGCGUAAUCCAUCUCUUCAAAAUAGCUAUGAUGUGCGUUGAAGAAGACAGCUCUGCAAGGCCAACCAUGAGAGAGGUUGUCCACAUGCUCUCCAAUCCCCCGAGGUCUGCCCCUACUCUUAUCAACCUCUAAUUUCCAAUCAAACCCUUUUGUGUUAAUAAUAAAAUUAAAGCUUCCAAAUAUCUCCUUAAACUUUACCCUAAAAAUUAAAUCUUAUACUAUACUUCUAAUUAAUCUAUGUGUAAUUAAUUAAUUAAUGUUAUGAGGUGAUUAAUGGUGUGCUUUAAAUC